GGGGGAUUCCUGUGAGCCCAAAUCAGAACCAAUCUACUUUUACUGCUCCCGACCCAGACGGCCAGCACUGGUUUCUGGCUCUUGAUCAAGCCCAUCGUCUGAUCAAUAAAACUUCUUUUUUUUGUUCGCUUCGACUCUCGACUCCCUAUAAUCAGCGGUUUCCGCGCCCAUUUCCUCCUUAUAACAACAUCAAAGCCUCCUCCAAAAAAACCCUAUCAAAAACACACAGACCCUCCCUGUUCAAUCCUCUUUCUCUCGCUGGAACUCCGACUGUCUCCUUCUGACAUCUUGUAUUAGACAGUCGAAGUACAACUCAUAGGGUUAAGUGCUUGGCUUUCGCCUCGCCAAACUCGCCCCAGCGUCCUCUCUGCAACCGUGUUUCUUUGAAGCCCCCAGGUCUUAAAACCACUUCGAUCUCGGGAAAAUCCUUUCAACUUGAAUUACAAAAAGGAAAGAAGAAAAGAAAGCUUGAUUAAAGUAGUCUGCGACUGUCACCAGGCACGGGGUGCAUUCAACUCCAGCUGUCUGUUCGUGAGUGCUGCGUCACACCCACCCACCAAGCCCGGCCCUUUUCUCUCGCUUCCCUCGAAGACCCCGAUCCCUUGUUUGUUCUCUUUCGAUCCGCUUGAGUCACAACAACCACUCCCUGUCUUCCCCCAUUCAUCCGCAUUCCAUUUUAGAACCAUAUCAUACGUCCGUGCUCCUUCUAGGCCUUUUUCCUUUGUUGGGUGCGCUCGGACCUCCUUCGCAUUUUUUUUUCUCUUAUUAAACCAACCGGAUUUUAUUCCCCACACUUUCCCUUCUCUGAACAACAACACCUUAAAUAUAGUCUCCGGACUAUAACCCCCACCAACACAACUGAUACAUUCCUUCAUCAUUCAACUGAAGAUCUCAGCAGCAACAACAACAACAACAACAACUCGACAAACAACAUCCAUUUCUUUUUUCUUAACCCAACUUAUCCGUCAUAGCCUUACGGUAACUCAGUGAACCUACAAGAUGUACGGGACUUUCAAGGCCUUGGCCUCCCUCCUGGCCGUGGCCGUUGGCGUGCAAGCUCAAGAGAGCUCCGUGACCCGAAGUUUCUACGGAAUGGCCUACUCGCCCGACGGCGCGCUGCUCCCACAGUGUGGUGCCGACCAAGCCAGUGUGACCCGAGACAUGGGCAAGCUUGCCCAACUCACACCUCGUAUCCGAUUAUAUGGCGCCGAUUGCAACCAGACCGAGCUCGUCUUGGAAGGUAUCAAGCAAGCCGGAAACGUCGACUUGAGCGUCUGGCUAGGCAUCUUCAUCGACGGUAACGACACCGUCUAUGAACGACAAUUGAAUGCGGUCACCACUGCCAUUCAGAAGUAUGGUACCGAACACAUCGCUGGUAUCACCGUCGGUAACGAAUUUCUUUUACUCUCCUACGGCGAUGGCGGCUCGGCCACCGAUCCCAAGGGAGUUGCCGCCCGAACCACCCUGUUGAACUACAUCCAAAAGACCAACCAGACCUUGAAGGCCAUGAAGCUCGACAAAGCCAUCCCUCUCGGCACAGCCGAUGCCGGCUCUGCGGUGACCAAGGAGCUGUGCGCCGGUGCGGACUACGUCAUGGCUAACGUUCACCCUUGGUUUGGACACGUUCCAGUCGAGCAAUCUGCGGGAUGGACUUGGCAGUUCUUCCAAGACUUCGAUGUCAAUGUCUGCGCCCAAGCCCCCAACAAGCCCGUCAUGUACAUUGCCGAGACUGGUUGGCCAACAGCUUCUGACAACGCGAGUAUCACCACCAACGGGCCCAGCAAAGCCUCUGUCCAAGGAUUACAGACCUUCAUGGACUCCUUCGUUUGUCAGGCUAACAAGAACAACACCAACUACUUCUUUUUCGAGCUGAAAGAUGAAGAGUGGAAGAAGAAAUACGGUGGAGUUGAGCCAUACUGGGGACUCUACGACUUCAACAUGAAAUACAAGGACGGACUGAAGGUGCCGAACUGUCCGGUGACCUCGCCCACGGGCCGGGCCGUCGGCCCCGCCUCGUCGUCACCGGGCGGCCGAAACGCCCAAGGCGGAGCCAAGAAGAGCGCCGCUCCUUCGUCCGCCAAUCCCGUCGCUUCCACCUUCGUCCUCGCUCUCAUCGCUACUGGCCUCUUCGCUAUCCUCUAAGUAUCAGUACUUUUUGAAACCCUUGCGGCCCUCUUUUGUUUCCUCCGCUGUUCUUAAAUUCUUUUUUCUCGUUCUUCCCACUUAUUCCGUCCCACUUUUGUUUUCAUACACAAGCUGAACCCUUUUCGGACUUACACACACCCACACUCACAUCCCUUUUAUCUCGUCUUUUUUUCUUAUAUAUAUAUUCCCGUAUAUAUACAAUUGCAACAUACAUACAUACAUCAUCUCAGGUCACUAUAUACUUUUCUUUCUUUGUAAUUUAAUAUCUUUGGUUAAGGUUUC